UCAGGAGAAUUGCGGUUGUUUCGCCCCCAUUUCAGGUUUCUGUGAAAAUUCGCAGAAAAGUGAAUUUGCAACUCAACAACAGAAGUUUUUUUUUUGUUAACCAUUUGAAAUUAUACAAUGCCUCGAAAGAAACCAUUUAGUUCAAAGCAAAAGAAGAAACAAUUGCAGGAAAAACGAGAGAAACAGGCAAAAAGAAAAGAGGGUUGCUAUGGAAAAGCUCGCUAUCGGGAAGAUCAGACGAGCUCCCCAGAGUCGUCAGAAGAUGAGGAUGAAACCGAUGUCAAAAAGAUCAAUCAGCAGCCAACGAAAUCACAAGAUCGAAAGUAUGAUCCUAACAGAUAUCGCCUGCACUUCGCCCAUGAAACGAGAAAAGAAAUAGAAAAAAGGAAAGAAUUAGCCAGACAUCCUGUGGAACUAUUGCCUGAAAGUGACCUUGAAAUUGACCUUGAUGAGAUCUAUCAGCCUGGGACGAUCCUUGACAUGCCAAAGCGACCUCCAUGGAAUCACAGUUUAACAAAAGGGGUGCUUGAGUCAAGAGAGGAAAAAUAUUUUCGCGAUUAUCUUGACAGUAUCAUGGACAAGUACCCACCAGAAGAGUUGAGUUACUUUGAAAUCAACUUGGAGACCUGGCGGCAACUGUGGAGAGUCCUGGAGAUUUCAGAUAUCAUUCUUCUUAUCACUGACAUUCGACAUCCUGCUCUCCACUUCUCGCCAGCCCUCUACGACUACGUCACAAACGACCUUAAGAAACACAUCAUCCUCGUCCUGAACAAGAUUGAUCUGGCCCCUCCACCAUUGGUCGUGGCAUGGCGGCAUUACUUCCAGACAAAAUUCCCCAAAGUUCAUAUUGUAUGUUUCACGUCAUUCCCGAGAAAUAUUGAGGGGUCCGAUACGACACAUGAGGACCCUGGAAACGUAUUACGAAAGAAGAGAAAGAUCCGAAGAUACAAUGCAGUGGGUCCUCUUCAGCUGUUAAAAGCCUGUGAGACAAUUUGUCUGGAUAAAGUCGACAUGAGUAGCUGGAAAGAGAAGAUUGAGACAGACCACCACGAAUCAGAAGUGGGAGAGGCAGACAUUGAAAUCGAGGUGUACACAGACACUGCUGAAUACAGGGAGCAUGUGGCCUAUAGGGAUGGUGUGGUGACCAUUGGUUGUGUAGGUUAUCCAAAUGUUGGCAAGUCAUCUCUGAUGAAUGGCUUGGUGGGAAAGAAGGUUGUGAGUACAUCACGGACCCCAGGACACACCAAACACUUUCAAACAAUCUUCCUGACCAAAACAGUCAAGUUAUGUGAUUCUCCAGGUCUUGUGUUCCCAUCAUUGGUUCAAAAACCAUUACAGAUCAUUGCAGGUAUUUACCCCAUUGCCCAGGUGCGCGAACCCUAUUCUGCCGUGAGUUUCCUCACCCAACGACUUUCACUUCCAAAGUUACUUGUGCUGAAACAUCCUGAUGAGGAAGCACCCUCUAGGUUUGAGGAACAGAAAUGGUCCGCGUUUGAUGUCUGUGAAGCGUGGGCAGAGAAACGUAGUUUUGUGACAGCUAGGGCAAGAAGAAAUGACACAUAUAGAGCAGCUAAUAACAUCCUGCGGUUAGCAGUGGAGGGGAGACUCUGCUUGUGUAUGAGGCCUCCAGGGUACACCAACAAUAAAAGUGAUUGGGAGAACCAUGCCGAGACGUUACUCAUCGCAGAAUGGCAACAGAACAGCAACAGAAGAAGCUCCGACAUCCAGGAUGAGCAGACGGACGAGUCCGAAUCAGAUGACGACGGACAGCAAGGGGCCUCAGAUGGGGAUGACGAGGGGCCCUCAGGGCUAGCUACAAAAAAUGCCUUCGAUCUGUUGGCUGAUGAUGAUGAUUAGCUGUGUCUGUGUUUUUAUUAGCCUCUAAAGGGACUAUGCAAUAUGACGGGACAAUAUUUGACCUAUCUGAUCAUAAAAUCAGAUCUCCAAAUCAUUCUUCAACUGAAUUUUUCUCAAGUGAUGUGACAACUAAAGCCGGAAAGCUGUAACUUGUAUACUUUUCCCAGUAAAAUGAAGAAUAACAUGCAAGUUCUUAUGUAGCCUUUAUCUGCUGUACAAAAGUCUCAACAGUUUAGCUGCUGUAAUCUUGUCAUGCCAAAUGCGUGUGCAUGACUUGGCAAAUUGGCAAAUUUUUAUGUGCUAGAGAUUGACCUUUUCAUGUAAUUGAUGCCUGAAAUGAAAAGGUUUCUACACCCAGAGUGUUCAUCUUCUGAAAAGAGAACAGAAUGGUUACAACAAUAUUCUGACUGUUAGGAUUAGAUUUGAACUUUGCUGGGAAUGGAAGACUCAUUGUUAUUUUAUUGAAUAACUAUACAUCUUGUUAAUG